AUGCCCUUUGCUCUUCCAUAACAUGGCCUUCCAUUAACGAUGGAAUGGAAGCAUCCGGCGACACAAUGGGCUUACCGUUCUUGGCGACAAUAGAUAACUGCGGUACUUAUACACGCGCACUGCUCGGGAUCCUGUCGAGCUGCCUACCUUCGUCCGUGAGCUGGGAUCAUGGACCUCCUUUCGACAUCUCGCCGCGCGUUUCGCCGUGCUGCUCAGAAGCUUGAAUGCAUGAUGCCACAGGAGUUUCACGAAAAUAUCUUCGGGGGUGGAGACUCGAACCGUGUACGAAAUCGUGGCGGCUCGAGCUGGCUCUCGGACCGCUCCUUCCACACAUCUGACUCAAUUUACGGAUCCUCUACUUGGCGAUCCGCCGCGGGUUCUUUGCUGUCGAUGCUUCCAUUGACCUCCCAAUUACGAAAGAGACGCCAUUCUCUCGCGAAGCCGGGCACUGUCAACGUGCCACCCAUCAAUCGCCUGCCCACCGAGGUGCUCUGCUUCAUAUUCAUCAUUUGUGCAGACAACGACCAGCUCCUCGCUCUAGAUUCGACCUUCGUUCCGUUCAGGCUCACCCACGUUUGCGCGCUCUGGCGACAGAUUGCCUUGGACCUGCCAGUGCUUUGGCAUCGAAUCGACUUGAAUCUGAAUUCCUGUUUGGGGACGGGACGCCAUUCGAAGCUUGCUUCUAUCUGCGUGGAACGUGCCAGAGGCCUCGGAUUAGACAUUUCCUACCAUGAAUUCACUCGCGACAAUCUUCUGGACGGGACUUUGCCAGAUGACCUUGAGCUUCACGAAGAAACCAAACUCUGCCACUGCCUCCUGAAUUUCAUCGUCAAGCAUCUCGCCCAGAUCAAGAGAUUGGACAUCACUGUCGGUGAAGAGUCGGCUCGUCGACUUGCCAGUCACCUCGGCGAUCCACUCUUUGCUCUUGAGAAACUGAACAUACAGUUUCAUUGCAGUGUGCCGGACCCCCAAAUCUUCGAACGUCUCUAUUCGGGUCCCUCGUUGGCAGACCUGACCUGGCACGCCUACGACUGCACAAGCUACGUGGUAGAAUGCCCAGUCAAUGUGCCUUGGCAACAGCUUGUCGAACUGGAUUUGCAUGCUUGCCCAAUCACACAGAACAUGCUCAUGUACAUCCUGGACAAGGCGGUUUUGCUGCAAAGCGCAACUACGCGUCUAUAUUGCACAGAUGUCGCGAUGCCUCGUGCACGUCGUCCCAUCCGUCACACUUCCUUGCAGUAUAUAAGCUUGGAAGGCGACGGACCACUCGACACCGUCUUCACCAUCUGUUCGUUCCCAGCUUUGCGUUCUCUCGAUCUUGUAUCAGACACGGGCAGAGACGCCGAUCCCAACGGGUGGCCCUUUCUGCAACCUGACCUGCUCACACGAAUCGUGAAACAGGCAAAGGCUGGGCUGGAGUCGUUGUGUCUUGACUCCUGCGGCACUAUCGACGAGUCGACCCUCGUAUCCGUUUUUGGGCUGCCUUAGAUGUCGAAACUCGUUGAGUUGGCGAUCUUUCCAUCUCAGUCGGUCAUCACCGAGCGGUUCAUCUCUUUGCUCCAUCCUAGAAGAUGCCCAAACUGGCAAACCUUGUCCUGGAGCGGUGCACGACUGCAGAUGGGGUCAUUGCAGAUAUGCUACUGGAAAGGAGGGCGAAGACGGAUAGUCUUCGCUAUGUGUUGAUCGGCUACGCUCCUGAGAACAAUGUGGGAAGGAUCCGUCCGCGCCCUCGC